UUUAAUUCCAUUGUGGAGAGGACGGCGUUAUUUUUAUUAACUGGAGGCGACGGCGGCUGCGGCGGCGGCGGGACCCGCCUCCUCCGGGGUAUGAAAAUCGGCAGUGGGUUCCUGAGUGGCGGCGGUGGUACCGGCAGUAGCGGUGGUAGCGGCUCCGGCGGCGGCGGUAGUGGCGGCGGCGGCGGCGGCAACAGCAGCAGCAGCAGCGGCAGCAGGAGGGCAGAGAUGGAACCCACCUUUCCCCAGGGUAUGGUUAUGUUCAACCACCGGCUUCCCCCGGUCACCAGCUUCACCCGGCCGGCGGGGUCGGCCGCCCCUCCCCCGCAGUGCGUGUUAUCCUCCUCUACCUCCGCAGCCCCGGCCGCUGAGCACCCCCCUCCGCCAGCCCCGGACAUGACUUUCAAGAAGGAGCCGGCGGCGUCAGCCGCGGCCUUCCCCUCGCAGAGGACCUCCUGGGGAUUCUUGCAGUCUUUGGUUAGCAUCAAACAGGAGAAACCCGCAGAUCCCGAGGAGCAGCAGUCCCACCACCACCAUCACCACCACCACUAUGGAGGGCUGUUCGCUGGGGCUGAAGAGAGAUCUCCAGGCCUAGGAGGCGGGGAAGGGGGGAGCCACGGCGUCAUCCAGGACCUCAGUAUUCUCCACCAGCAUGUCCAGCAGCAACCAGCCCAGCACCACCGUGACAUAUUACUCAGCAGCAGCAGUAGUAGGACUGAUGACCACCACGGCAACGAGGAGCCAAAGCAGGACGCUAAUGUCAAAAAGGCGAAGAGGCCAAAGCCAGAAUCUCAGGGAAUCAAAGCCAAGAGGAAGCCAAGUGCAUCUUCCAAACCUUCUUUGGUUGGAGAUGGAGAAGGUGCCAUCCUCUCCCCAAGUCAGAAACCUCAUAUCUGUGAUCACUGUAGUGCUGCUUUCCGAAGCUCCUAUCACCUGCGGAGACAUGUCCUCAUUCAUACAGGAGAAAGACCUUUCCAGUGCAGCCAGUGUAGUAUGGGUUUCAUUCAGAAAUACCUAUUGCAGAGACAUGAGAAAAUUCAUAGUAGAGAAAAGCCAUUUGGAUGUGAUCAGUGUAGCAUGAAGUUUAUUCAGAAGUACCAUAUGGAGAGACACAAGAGGACACAUAGUGGAGAAAAGCCAUAUAAGUGUGACACUUGCCAACAGUAUUUUUCAAGGACUGAUAGAUUGUUGAAGCACAGGCGCACAUGUGGUGAAGUCGUAGUUAAGGGAGCCGCUAGUGCAGAACCUGGGUCAUCAAACCAUAACAAUAUGGGUAAUCUGGCUGUGUUGUCUCAGGGAAAUACAAGUUCUUCAAGGAGAAAAACGAAGUCCAAAAGCAUAGCUAUUGAAAAUAAGGAGCAUAAGACUGGUAAAACAAAUGAAUCACAAAUUUCAAAUAAUGUAAACAUGCAGAGUUACUCAGUAGAAAUGCCUACAGUAUCUUCCAGUGGAGGCAUAAUUGGCACUGGUAUGGAUGAACUACAGAAAAGGGUGCCAAAAUUGAUCUUUAAGAAAGGAAGCAGAAAGAAUACAGAUAAAAACUACCUGAAUUUUGUGUCACCAUUACCAGACAUAGUUGGACAGAAAUCCUUGUCCGGGAAACCAAGUGGCUCACUUGGCAUAGUAUCAAAUAAUAGUGUGGAGACCAUUAGUCUUCUCCAAAGUACAAGUGGCAAACAAGGUCAAAUAAGUAGUAAUUAUGAUGAUGCCAUGCAGUUUUCAAAGAAAAGAAGAUACUUACCAACUGCCAGCAGCAACAGUGCCUUUUCUAUAAAUGUAGGACACAUGGUCUCCCAACAGUCCGUCAUUCAGUCUGCAGGUGUCAGUGUUUUAGACAAUGAGGCACCAUUGUCGCUUAUUGACUCCUCAGCUCUAAAUGCUGAAAUUAAGUCUUGUCAUGACAAGUCUGGAAUUCCUGAUGAGGUUUUACAGAGUAUUUUGGAUCAAUACUCUAAUAAAUCAGAAAGCCAGAAAGAGGAUCCUUUUAAUAUAACAGAACCACGGGUGGAUUUACACACCUCAGGAGAACACUCAGAAUUGGUUCAAGAAGAAAAUUUGAGCCCAGGCACCCAAACACCUUCAAAUGAUAAAGCAAGCAUGUUGCAAGAAUACUCCAAAUACCUCCAACAGGCUUUUGAAAAAUCCACUAAUGCAAGUUUUACGCUUGGACAUGGUUUCCAAUUUGUGAGUUUGUCUUCACCGCUUCACAACCAUACUUUAUUUCCAGAAAAACAAAUAUACACUACAUCUCCUUUGGAGUGUGGUUUCGGCCAAUCUGUUACCUCAGUGUUGCCAUCUUCAUUGCCAAAGCCUCCUUUUGGGAUGUUGUUUGGAUCUCAACCAGGUCUUUACUUAUCUGCUUUGGAUGCUACACAUCAGCAGUUGACACCUUCGCAGGAGCUGGAUGAUCUGAUAGAUUCUCAGAAGAACUUAGAGACUUCAUCAGCCUUCCAGUCCUCAUCUCAGAAAUUGACUAGCCAGAAGGAACAACAGAAAAACUUAGAGUCCUCAACAAGCUUUCAGAUUCCAUCUCAGGAGUUAGCUAGCCAGAUAGAUCCUCAGAAAGACAUAGAGCCUAGAACAACGUACCAGAUUGAGAACUUUGCACAAGCAUUUGGUUCUCAGUUUAAGUCGGGCAGCAGGGUGCCAAUGACCUUUAUCACUAACUCUAAUGGAGAAGUGGACCAUAGAGUAAGGACUUCAGUGUCAGAUUUCUCAGGGUAUACAAAUAUGAUGUCUGAUGUAAGUGAGCCAUGUAGUACAAGAGUAAAGACACCCACCAGCCAAAGUUACAGGUAAGGUCCCAAAAGUGACCAGGCUGGGGGUCUUCUAAUGUAAUUUUGUUUUAUUUUGAGAACACUGCCAUUGGAAUGUUUCUACACGAUCCUAUUAAGAAUAAUGUAAUGCCCUUUCAAUGCAACUUUUCAUAUUUAGUUUAUUUUGUUAGCGUGAUUUUAGCUCUGUUUGUAUUAUGAUUUUUAAUCAAAAUCAAUAGAUUAAAAAUAGUUUGACAUUCAAAGUGACAAUGUUUAGCAAUCAAAUUUACAUGUAUAGAUCGUCAGGGAAUAGCCCAAAAGUUAAAUGCAAAAAAAAAAAAAAAAAAAAAAAA